UACACACGAGCUCAUGCCCGCGUUCUCUCUCGUUCUAGACUUUCGGCCAUAUUGUAAUGUACUCGUCGGUCGUCGUUGGCCGACUCACAUACGUAGGCAUUUUAUUAGAGCUGUGUGUCCCGGUGCGAGGCUGCCGCGCGUUCCACGGAAGCGCCUCGCUUUGAACAGAACCCAUCGGCGUCGUUCAGUACAACUACUGUACUAGCUACGAGCCAGAACUGGUAGCAGCAGCAUCGCAGCAACAGCAGCCCAUCCAGCAGCGCCGUCCUGUUGAUUAUUGUAACACCCGCUCGUUGCGGCAGCGGAGCCAUCGUCGUCGAGUCCGAGAGACUAGCCUGUGGUGCUACUACUAGUGCCCCGUCGUCGGUGCAGCGCCAACUACAUAACUCUCACUCCUCGCAGAGGGGCGCCCCGAAAGGCUAAUUUUAUUUGAUAAAACUGCCAAUUGAUGUACUGACGAUGUCUAACAACGUCACUAUAAAACUUGAAUCAAAUCAAGAGUCUGUAACAGAGAUACAGACGUACCUUGAGUCCUUUAACAAGGAAAUUGAAGGAGGCCAAGGAGAGCAGCUUACUCAUGUACAACUUCAACAAGUUGAAGGUCUCACAGAUGAUGGGGGAACCUAUUUUGUUGACCAAACAGGUCAAUACUACUAUCAAGCCCAUGGCAAUGAUCAGCCAGUUUUAGCCAAUGUGCAAAUUGAAGAGGUAAAUGAAGAAGAUGGACACAUUACAGACGGUAACCAUGAAAGCCAAUAUCAAGAAAUAGAAGAACUUGAACAAGGCAAUUCUAAUCAAGCAUCUGAAAAUCAAAUGGUCCUUAACUCAGGGGAUUCUUAUCAAACUGUGACUAUUGUUCCUUCUAAUGAAAAUACAGGUGCAGUAAGUUAUGUUCUGAUUGUGCAACAACCUGAAGCUGAAGGGGAACCUAAAGAAAAUACAAAAAUGGAAGUUACCAAUGGAGAUGGUGAAGAAGGUGAUCAAGAUCUUACAGUUUACGAUUUUGAAGACAAUGAAGACAAUGAACAACAUAUUGAAUCAGAUCAUGAAGAUGAUAAAGCUAAAGUUAUGAAAUUCUCAAUGCCCAAAAAAUCACAAACUGUUACUCAAGCUCACAUGUGUAACUAUUGUAAUUACACAAGCCCGAAACGCUAUCUUUUAUCGCGGCAUAUGAAAAGUCAUUCUGAAGAAAGGCCGCAUAAAUGUAGUGUUUGUGAACGAGGCUUCAAAACAUUGGCAUCACUACAAAAUCAUGUGAACACACACACUGGGACCAAACCUCAUCAUUGUAAAUUUUGCGAUAGUGCAUUCACCACUUCUGGUGAACUUGUACGACAUGUGCGUUAUAAGCACACUCAUGAAAAGCCUCACAAAUGUCAUGAAUGUGAUUAUGCGUCAGUCGAAUUAUCUAAAUUGAAGAGGCAUAUUCGGUGUCAUACUGGUGAAAGGCCAUACCAGUGUCCUCAUUGCACCUAUGCAAGUCCGGAUACUUUCAAGCUCAAAAGACAUUUGCGUAUACACACUGGGGAAAAACCAUAUGAAUGUGAUGUUUGCAAUGCUAGGUUCACUCAGUCCAACAGUUUGAAAGCUCACAAAUUGGUUCAUAAUGUAGGCGAUAAACCUGUAUUCCAAUGCCAACUUUGUCCUACAACAUGUGGUAGAAAAACUGAUCUUCGCAUUCAUGUACAAAAGCUGCAUACAUCUGAUAAACCUCUGAAAUGUAAGCGUUGCGGAAAAACAUUCCCAGAUAGAUACAGUUACAAGCUGCACAGUAAAACACAUGAAGGCGAAAAAUGUUAUAAGUGUGACCUUUGUCCAUAUGCAUCAAUAUCGUCGCGUCAUUUAGAAAGUCACAUGUUAAUUCAUACUGACCAAAAGCCAUAUCAAUGUGAUCAUUGUUAUCAAUCGUUCAGACAAAAACAACUGCUGAAGAGACAUUGUAACCUUUACCAUAAUCCAUCUUAUGUUCCACCUCAACCCCAAGAAAAAAAUCAUCAAUGCCCUGAAUGUGAAAAACCAUUUAGGCAUAAAGGUAACCUCAUCCGUCACAUGGCUGUUCAUGAUCCUGAAUCCUCUGUGCAAGAAAAGCAGCAAGCUCUGAAAAUGGGAAGGCAAAAGAAAAUUCAAAUUAUUGAUGGUCAAAGAGUGGAAGUUUUAACUGGUGAUUAUACUAAACUUAAAGGUUACGACGAAUUAGAAGAUGAAGAAGAAGACGAAGAAGAUGAAGACAUGAUGGACACAGUAGAGGGAAGCGAUGGUCAACAGUACGUCGUUUUGGAAGUGAUUCAACUUCCAGACAAUCAAUCAGAGCAAGUAUCGGUUGUAGCUGGAGAAGAUGGUGAAAUAGUUAUGCAAGAUCCACUUGGACACGAUUCACUUACAGCAACUGAAACAACCCAAUUUAUCGAUGAUGACGGUGAACCCGUUACACUUAAAAUGGAAGUACCAAUUUCUAAAUCGCAAUCUAAUUCAUCUAAAUUGCAAAAAGAUAUGGAAACUUGCUUUGGUUUCGAUGAGGAAGAAGACGAAGAAGAAGAAAGUGGAGAUAUAGCGAUGCUGCAGGGUAUAUCGUAAUAAGAUUAUAAAUAGAUCUAUACUUUUGUUUUAUAGUUAAAUAUUUUCUAUUUUAAAUGAUUAAAGUCGUUCAUUAGCAGGGAAAACGUUGCUGUGAUAUGCAAUAAUUGAAAAGUAUGAAACUUAUUACAAAUUUCUGAUUGUGCUGUCGAUAAAUUAUGUACAUUUAGAGCUCUAGAUUUUUUUAGGGAUUCUCACUCGAAAUGAUGUUUAAAUAAAAGACAUUUACUGAUUCCAAAUUGAUAUAGUUAAACUAUUUCAAUAAUCACUAAUUUUCCUAACAAAUUCAUAUUCUUAAGUGGACAUUUUAAAAAAAUCUUUGAAUCGACUUGAUCUAUGCUUAUUUUAAUAUAAAAUAUUUUUGCAAUCAAGUAAUUG